UGAAAAAAUAAGCGGAAGUUGUUAUUUUAAGCGGAAGUCUUGUGUUGUAGAGAGGUAAACAAACCAAACGGCUACUAGUUCCGAUAAUGUUCACAGACGCCGAACUCGUCGUGUUUAAACAUUUUUACUGAAAAAUGUUGUUUUUUCCAUUCAGACACACUUGUUCCCCGCGUGUUAAUUUUGGAGUCGCUGUCAUUUCUUCGAGUUAUUAACGAAAUUUCACAACCAAUCAUUAAUGCUAACAGCUAGCUAAUCAGUGUAGUUAGCUGAAGAAAUGGGACACCACGCUGUGAAGAUACGUUAAGUCGACGUGCACAUGACAGCAGCGAGUUAGUUCUACCUGCCUGUGCUCACCUGCCCUGACUCCAAGCAACAAACCCUGAUGGUUAUGGAUAAUGAUGGAUAACCUUACAACAAAUAAAAGCCACAUAUCCUGUCAGUCGUGGGCAGGUCAGAUUGGCUGGUCUGCUAUUUCAACUCAAGGAUCCGUCCUCAACCCACAGCCCGGCUCUCAGCAUGUCAGCCUGGGCUCGUCUUCUGACCAGAGACCCUCCUACGACCAGCUGCUGUCGUCCAAUCAGAGCUGCAUGAGCGACCUCAGCUCCUUAUCGUCCAGGAACAAAACUCAUCCUUCUGCUCUGUACAAAACAUCCCACAUUAGCAGCAAUCCGUCAUCCAACACACUGUUUGCCAACACUGCUAUCCCGAGUGCCUCUCACAUUAUUUCCUUUGCCCAGCAAAGCUCCCACACUUCAUCAACGCUGCUCACUGCAAACCUAGGAAAAAUUAUAUCCCCACCACCUCUUCCACAAACAAACCAAGCUCCACAGCCCUGUAGGCCCCAACACCUACCUUACAAAACGCCAUUUCAACCUCCAUUAAUCAAUCAGAGUUUACCAAAUGGAUUGCAAGAUCUGCCUAUUAGCCUGCCAUCAUGUGGGCAGCGUGCAAGUACAUCCCAAGCUACUUUUGAAGGAGUAAAUGAGGAGUUUGCGGGGUACACUCACAGUCAUGCCUCAUCCACUUCUCAGGAGCAGCGUCAGUGGAUAUCACCAUCACACUGCAGGGGAGCUGUGAACGAGUCGGUCCCUAAUGCAGCGUCUCCUUCUAACAAAGAGCCAAUGGAAGAGGGAAACAUUGGUCUAUCGGACAAUAACGAGAUUCAACGUUUGGUGCUUUUACAUCAGCGUGAACAACUUCUUAAACAAGUGGCAGAGUUGGACAAACUUCUGGGAACGAUGCCUGCAGAGGAUGAUUCAUCUGAGCAAAAUAUGACAAAAGAUGCACAGCGGGUUCGGCUGUCUGGAAAGAAGUCAAAGUCACGUCUUUACGCAGAUUGUUCAUCACCUGAAUCUUAUGAUGUACAAAGUGAAACCUGUGAUUCACCGGACGAUCCAAUGUCGGCUGCAGAACAAGAGAAAAAAGGAAAUGCGUCAGCCGGGUCAGAGGAAGAAAGUGAUCCUGACUACUUUCCACACAGUGAUAGUGACUUCUCUGAUUUCCUGUCUGACCCUGAAGAGGGCUCUUCAGAUGAUUCCAGUCUCAGCACGCCCUCCAUCCCGACAGCCGAUACACCUUCUCUGCCAGUAAAAACAAGGGCUAAAUUAGCAAGUUCCUUGUCUAAGGACAACCCUGUCGGUGGUUUAAAACGGAUACGUGCAGCCAAUCAGAGGAGGUCUUCUGCAACUUUAGUGUCGCCAAGUUCAAAUUCUAAAACGCACCGUGUUUAUGACAGGAGGAAUUAUUGCGUGUUUUGCUCUAAGCCAAUGUCCAAGAUGGCACGACACCUCGAGAGGAUCCACAGCGACAAAACGGAGGUCGCAGCCGCGUUCCAGUUUCCCAAAAAUUCCAAAGAGAGACAAAAGAUCUGGAACAGACUCAUAAAUCAAGGAAACUUUGCUCACAAUAAAGAUGUCUUGAAAACGGGGGAAGGCGAACUCGCCGUCCGAAAGAGGCCAAGCAAAACUAAGAAAGCCCAAGACUUCCUUCAUUGUCUUUACUGUCGAGGCCUUUAUGGGAAAAAAGCUUUACCCAGACACAUGAAGUCGUGCCCGGAGAGAAAGGGCAAUGAAAAUGAAUGUGAGAUCGGAAGAAAGCGCAUCGCAGUCCGGUGCGUGCUUGAAUCUUUGGAAGACCUCGGCGUGACUGACGGCUUUAAGAGCGUUCUGUCCCAGAUGAAGUACGACGACGUGACCCAAGCGGUCAUGGACGACGAGGUAAUCCUGCAGUUCGGUGAGCUCCUGUACAACCAGCACGGGUCGGAUGUGAAGAAGCACGAUUACAUAAGACAAAACCUUCGUCAGAUAGCGAGGCUUGUGCUCGAAGCUCAAAAAAUAACGCCUCUGAAGAAACUGGAGGACUUCUUUCUCCCCUCGAGCUUCCCGCACGUGGUGUCUGCAGUGAACGUCCUCGCGGGCUACAAUCCAGGAAACAAAACGUACACCAUCCCUUCACUGGCCAUCAAGCUUGGCUACCACCUCCAGAAGACCUGUAGUAUUGUCGAGGAUAACGCAGUGAAGUGCGGUGAUGAAAGCUUGGCAGAGUCUGCGCGAAACUUCCUCUCCGUGUACCAGAAAGAGUGGAACAAGCUCAUUUCUGCAGGUGCCUUAACAACGCUCAGAGAAACCAAAUCGCACACAGACAAGAAGGUGCCGUUUGCUAAAGACGUGAAGCUCUUGAAUUCCCACAUGGAGAAUGUUCAUCUUCUUGCAGAAAAAAACCUCAGAGAAACCCCUUCUGCAGAAACCUACGGCGCUCUGUCAAGGGUGAUCCUGUCUCGGACGAUACUUUUCAACAGGAGAAGACCCGGAGAAGUGUCGGCGUUGCAGCUGACCGCUUUUAUGUCUCGGAAAAAGUCAAACUUGUAUGAUGGCAUGGACAUAUCCGUCUCAGAUCUGGAAAAACAAAUGUGCGUGUUCUUCACUAGAGUUGACAUACGAGGGAAGUGUGGGAGAAUGGUCCCUGUUUUGUUUAAAGAAUCGUUCGUGUCAGCUUUGGAGCUUCUCAUAAAGGUCCGUGAGACGUGUGGCGUCCCCGGUAAGAACCCCUUCCUGUUCGGACGACCUCAUGCGAUGUCUGCCUACAAUGGGUCAGAGUGCAUCCAAAAGUAUGUCAAAGAGUGUGGAGCUGAAGAGCCUGAAGCGCUGACCUCCACCAAGCUCCGGAAGCAUUACGCAACAAUGCUGUUGGUGAUGAACCUGGAUGAGAAUGAGGCAGACCAGAUUUGGGGCCCAAAUAACCAAGUCCGAAGACUGCGUCAGGACGGCAGCAUGCAGCAGGGAGAUGUUGAAAUGGUCUACGAUGAGCGGGGGCAACACGUUGCCUCGUGGGAUCACAGUGAGUUUCCUGAUGCUCGCUUUGGACCAGCAGUGUUUUAUCAUGAACACACACACGGAGCAGCAACAGGCUCCAGGAUGACUGAACCUCCAACAUCUGCCGACUCAGGCAAAAAAGGCUCCCAAAAUAAGCACAAAUGGGAUGAAGCGGAGGUUCUCGCUGUUGAAAGACACCUGAUGCAUUUAAUUCAAGAGCACAAGGUGCCUCAGAAAAACGACUGCAUUCAGUGUCUUGAGGCCGAGCCGGAAGCUCUGAGGAGCCGCUCGUGGAAAGGUGUGAAGGACUACGUCAGAAACAGGAUCACUGCCCUGAAGAGACAAAGCGGGACGUACAAGGUGGAAUCCACGAACAGUAACUGCUCUUGGCAGGAGGAACCACAGCAGAGUGCUGCACACUUUCACCAGUUAUAGACGGGAUACUUUGUUGAUGGCAAAAUCUGUUUUGCUUCACUGUUCGCCUUCCGUUUUCAUCUGUUCCUCUUUCUCAUUUCACUCGUUCCGUCUGCUUCUCUAAUGCAACAUGGUGAGCGUUUACUUCCAUAACAAUGGCCAAGAAUAGAUUGUUAAUUGAUCAUUUUUAUGGUUUGCAGUUAUUCUGCAGUUGCUAUCACUCUUACUGUGUAUGAUAGCAGUAUUAUAUCUUUAACUGUUAUGUGGACAGAGACAGCUCAUACAUGUACAUAAUGAGGAAUAUUUUGUUUAAUUAGCUCAUGGAGAAUUAGUACGUUUUGGAGCUGUUAGUUUACUUCUGUAACCAAGUCUUCUGGUAUACUUUAAUUUGUUAUUCUCUUUGCUAUACUGUAUUUUGUACCAAUAAAGGGUCAAAAUUAA